UUGACAGGAGCAGGGACUGAGCAACGCGUCCCGCAGUCCACAUAGCUUUCAUCAGAUUCUCAAAAGGGUCCACAGCCCCCAAAAGUGUACCCCCUUUCCUUCUGAGGAAAUGCUUGCAUCCAUAGAAGUCAACUCCUAAAGGCCGAGAUCUCUUUGCCCCCCCCCCACAAUAAAAUAUUUGAGGGGCUUGGGCUCCCCAAAAGUUGAUGGGACUUGCCAUUCAAAUGGUUGCAUGCACCACGUCAUGUGAUUGAUUGGCAGCAGGGCGGGGUUUACUUGGACACCCACCCCUGUAUUUUAUUCAAGUUGGCACCCCUGCUUCUGUUGCAAAUGAUUCUGGGGGCGCCCCCUCGCUGGCCGGGAGGGCUGUUCUGUGCAGUGCCCUGUCUCUUUUGAAGGUAACAAGACCUCCGAACUUCCCUGGAUGGGGAGCUGUUCUAAAGGGAAGCGGGCGAGGCGAGGAGGCGAGUUGGGGGGGGGCUCUCGCCAGGCCUAAGCGCUGCAGGUCGCUCUGCGCCGCCGCCCCCCACCCGCUGCUACAUCUCCGCAGCCGGGGGCGGGGACUCGCAUUCCUGGCCGCUGAUUGGUCGGCCGGGAUUCGGAGUCUGCUGCGGAGGCGGCGCGUCCAGGUGAGCCUGGCCGGAGAGGCCGAGCAGGGGCCGGGAAGAUGCUGCUGCUGCUGCAGCUGCGGAGAGCGGAGCGCCUGGGCGCGGAGGAGAUGCGCGGCGGCGGCUUCCCACGCCUCCUCUGCCAGCAACCCCCGGAGCGGUCCCAGCCGGCGGCGCCAUGAAGAAGCAGCGCUCCGAGUACUGGGGAGGGCCAGAGCCCCUGGCUUCCCCGCACCACCACCAGCAGAGGGGCGGGCGGGUCAUCGCCAAACUGGCGGAGUAUGUGGGCUCCUUUACCGUCGAGGACACAGAGCUCCAGCAAAAGGCUAUGGCCAUCCAGCAGCAGCUUCAACGCCUGAAGGACUGCCCCAGACGGCGAUCCGUCGUCCUCAAGUUUUGCCUGCAGGGCCUGAAGAUGUACAACGCAGAGGGGGAGGCUCUGCUUAUGGCGCAUGCCCUCAAGCGCAUCCUGUAUAGCACCUGGAUACCCACUGAGUGCCAGUUCGCCUUUGUGUCCCGCAACCCGCGCAGCCCUCGCAGCAGCCUCUUCUGCCACUUGUUUGUGGGCAGCCAGCCCAGUGAGGUCCAGAUUUUGCACUUCUUGCUCUGCCGCUCCUUCCAGCUCUACUAUCUCCUGAUGCAUCCUGAGGACCAAGAAUGGGUCCCCAGCGGUUCCACACAGCAGGAGCCUGGGAGGCUGCUGGGAGCCUCUCUGGAUAACCGAGUGGCCUGGGAGUCCCUCGAUCCGGAGGAUGUAUCUCAAAACGUCAAUGCGUUGGUGUCCUUCCGGAGGCUUCCCUGCCCUGCUGACUUUGGCCCCUCCAUUAGUGUGAGAGAGAGGCUGGAUUUGGAGGAAAGGAGCAGCCUGGGCACCUCUCGCCCGGGGAAUCCAUACUGCUCUCCAAUCCUGGUGCGGAAGAAGGCGAUCCGCAGCAAAACCCUCCGCUCCGGAGCUUAUCGGGGCUGCACCUUUGAGGCUCAGUUGCAGCAGAGCGCCCGAGAGAUGUUUCUCACCAGCUGCGACAGCAAAGGCAGCAGAGGGAGCCUGGCUUGCUUGCUGGAUAACGACAGCAGUCUGAUGGAGAACGUGUGGUCUUUUGCGGGCAUCGACAGGGAUGCUGGGAUGGCGCUGCUCAGGAAUGAUGUAAUUGGAGCCUUCCUCCUCUGGGCUGAGCCAGGGGCCACCGAUCAGUGGUGUCUUACAGUGAGGACAAGAUGUGGAAUCAUCCCUUACCAGAUUUACAGGAGCCAGCUUGGGAAGUAUUCUGUGGAGCAUUUGAAUGUGGAGUUCCCCAGUAUGGAAGCUCUGUUGGAUCACUACUCUGGAAUCCAAGGAGGCCUGUUCUGCUCUCUGGCUGCAGGCCGGAUCAACCACUGUUACGAGGAGCAAGACUGCGCAGCGGAGGAUCCCUGGAAGGAAGACAGAAGCCGCCGGCAGGCGUCUUGGCUACAUGGCACUAGUAAAUCUCUGGCUGUCCCACAGGAACUGGGAUGAGGAAUCUGGGCUUAGCUUUCCUGCCUUCCACAUGCUAUCUGUGCUAACUCUUUUUGUGGUGUUCAAGCUAUGUGGCACUUUUGCACUUGGGCUAGCUUUCUACUACUGAUAUGGUAGGGAUUAGGCUUCAUGGCAUUGAUCCAAUCCUUCCCUCUCGCCCCCUAGUAGAACGGCAAACUAGUCUUAACUUUUCUAGCCAAAGGGUCCCAUGGCGCUGAUGCCCCUGGUCAUUCAGAGAUAGAUUUUUCAUCAGCGGCUGAAAUCCUGCACAUGCCAUAUUUUAAAAAAGUAAAAUUCCUGACACCCGCAAAGUUGUUGAGCUUUUUUAAGCAAACCACUACCAAUUUGGGAACAAACCCAAAGUGUUUAGCUUUUUUGGGAAAACCAAUAGUUAUUUUAAGCUUUUUGAGCUUUUUCCAUUGUGUUGCCAUACUUCCGUGUUCUCCCAGACAUUUUGCCCAUUUGGCAGAAUUCCCCCCUGACAACAUUUUUACACCCGAAAACCAGGACAUGGCAGGAAUUUUCCUGACGUGUGGCAAGCCUACUUUCCAAGCACAAAAGCCCCAUUGGUCUUGGAGUUACUGCUGACUAGAAGUACCCUAGAGUUGCACUUUUUGUCUCAGUCCUGCAUCACAGAAUCGUAGAGUUCGAAGGGACCCCAAGGCUCAUCUAGUCCAACCCAAUGCAAUGCUGGAAUCUCAACUAUGAAUUCAUUUAAAGUAGCUAGGUGUUCCCUCACCACCUAUUUUCCUGUCUUGGGCUGCAGCUCAGACAAUAAAUCCUCCUUCAAUUAGAACAUUGGUUUACCAGAUUCUUGCCACUUAUCUUAAAAACAAACAAAUUAACUGAGCAGUUGAGAGGUCAGAGAUAACUCCAGGUUUAAUCUAAAUAAAAUUCUGCAAGUAGUUUUUAGCUCUUGCAGGUCAGUUAAGACAACACCCCCUUUCCCACUUAAUGCUGCUGAUUUAUGUUCCUUGGGUUGUGUCCAAUGUUGGUCCUACUCAAAGUUAAUGUACGUAAUUUUAAUGGGUCUACUCUCAGUAGAAUUUAGUUGGUUACAAUCCCUUGUUUUCCUUAUGGGGGUUUAUGUACCUGCUGCUGCCAGAAUAUUUUGAAAGAAAUAUUUUUUGGGAGGGAAAUAUUUGUGAGCAUGCCAAUAUAUGAAUACAUAACCUAUAUUUUAAAUAUGUUUAUAUAUAAAUGUUAUGAAAAAUAUAUUUGUAAUCCAAAAUGAUUAAAUUUUAUCUGCCGUUUUUGUGUGAGAAUGUGUUGGGAAAUGGCAAUAAAACGUGACUGGGAGGAGAAG